AUGGACAUUGAUAAUGAUUUCACAUUUUGUCAGGUCAGUGCACCUGCUGAUCUGGAAACAAACAAGCUUACUUCAGAUGUUGCUGGUAUUUCCAUUAAAGAAGAAUCUUCAAAUGCAAUUUGUACUAGUCAGGAUAGUGGUCUUUUUCUGUCCAAUGAUUCCAACUCGAAGGAGGCUAUUGUUGGUUCAUUGUCUUUCACCGUAACUAAUACAACUUCAAGUCAGCCAAAUGAAUCCAGUCAAUCCACCACAUUGGUACCUCCUAGUAAGACUAGCAAUUUGUCGAUGAAGUUGCCAGAAGAAAAGAAUUCUGCUAAGAAGCCGGUUCGGGCCAAAGUUCCCUUUGAAAAAGGCUACAGUCAAAUGGACUGGCUUAAGCUCACCCGAACACAUCCUGACCUUGCAGGUUUGAAAGGGCAAUCAAACAAGAGACUUAUUUCUAUGGAUGAAGUUAGAAAACACCAAACAGAGGGCCAAAUGUGGACUGUAUUAAAAGGCCGUGUUUACAAUAUAUCUCCAUAUAUGAAGUUUCACCCUGGAGGUGUUGAUAUGUUGAUGAAGGCAGUAGGAAAAGAUUGCACAUCUUUAUUCAAUAAAUACCAUGCUUGGGUUAAUGCCGAAUUCUUAUUGGAGAAAUGCGUUGUGGGUACCUUAGAUGAGAGUCAGUGA